AUGGCCGCCGUCAACUACCUCCUCUACGAGGCCCCAAUGGGCUACGGCGUGUUCCACGUCGAGCACCAGCCCGACAGCAUUGGUCUGCGCCAGAAGGAGGCCCAGGAGACCAUCAAUGACCUCGCCCGCUUCGGAAAGAUGAUCAAGCUCGUCAACUUCACCCCCUUUGAGUACGAAGACACCCUCCUCAUCCUCUCGCGAACAUCCCGCCGCGGCGCCACCGGAAAGCAGGCCCUGGACGAGAUCAACCACAUCUCCGAGGGUCUCAUGUCCGACCACCUCAAGUCCGUCCUCGAGCUCAACCUCCCCCAGACCUCGGGCAAGAAGUCCAAAAUCACCCUCGCGGUCGCCGAGAAGAACCUGGCCUCCGUCAUCAAGUCCACCUUCCCCGGCGUCGACUGCGAAACCUCAGAGACAUCAGAGGUCGCCGGCGAUCUCCUCCGCGGCGUCCGCCUCCACGCCGACCGCCUCCUCAAGGGCCUCCAGACCGGCGACUCCACCGCCGCCGGCCUCGGUCUCGGCCACUCCUACUCCCGCGCAAAGGUCAAGUUCAGCACCACCAAGAACGACAACCACGUCAUCCAGGCCUCCGCCACCGUCGAGUUCCAGGACAAGGGCGUCAACCAGUUCUUCAUGCGCGUCAGGGAGUGGUACGGCUGGCACUUCCCCGAGCUCGUCAAGAUCGUCUCGGACAACCUCACCUACGCCAAGCUCGUCCUCGCCAUCGGCGACAAGGCCACCCUGACCGACGACAAGCUCCACGACAUCGCCGCCCUCGUCGAGGAGGACGGCGAGAAGGCGCAGGCCAUCAUCGACGCCGCUAAGGUCUCCAUGGGUCUGGCCAUCACCCCGGCCGACCUCGAGAUCGUCAGGGGAUUCGCCGAGGCCGUCGUCCAGCAGGCCGAGGCCCGCCGCGCCACCGCCAACUACCUCGACAAGAAGAUGUCCAUUGUCGCCCCCAACCUGCAGACCCUGAUCGGCACCCCCGUCGCCGCCCGCCUCAUCUCCCACGCCGGCUCCCUGACCAACCUGUCAAAGUACCCCGCCUCGACGCUGCAGAUCCUCGGCGCCGAGAAGGCCCUCUUUCGCGCCCUCAAGACCAAGAGCAACACCCCCAAGUACGGCCUCAUCUACCACAGCAGCUUCAUCGGCAAGGCCUCGGUGAAGAACAAGGGCCGCAUCUCGCGCUACCUCGCCAACAAGUGCUCCAUUGCCAGCCGUAUCGACAACUACACCGAGAACCCCACGACCAAGUUCGGUGAGGCUCUCCGCCAGCAGGUCGAGGACCGUCUCGAGUUCUACGCCACCGGCAAGAAGCCCGCCAAGAACGCCGACGUCAUGGCCUCCGUCCUCGACCAGGUCGAAGGCGACAUGGACCUCGACGACACGGAGAUGGUCGACGCGGCCGCCACCGAGGUCAAGAAGGAGAAGAAAGAAAAGAAGGAGAAGAAGGAGAAGAAAGACAAGAAGGACGACAAGAAGAAGCGCAAGCGCGAUUCCGAGGUCGCCCCCGCUGAGCCCGAAAAGGCCGACGGCGAAAAGAAGAAGAAGAAGAAGAAGUCCAAGGACGAGUAA